AGGCAGAUAACAUGGAUGAGCCUGCGCAGUGGUGAUGACACACUGUGCUGUUGUCAAUGCAGCAGAUUACUUUACCUUCUUCUAAACGACCUUCUACUCGUUAACAGGUUCGUUCAAGCAGACUUACAGGUCUUCGCUUGACUAACACUUUGUAAUUAACAGGACGAAGAGGGUCUAUGCAGAUGUAUUGAGGGAGUCUAACUCAGAAAGAUGGAGGAAUCCGCAGACAAAGCUUUGGGUCGAGUGACCGUGUACUCCAUCCAAGGCUGCCCACACUGCUUGCAGGCUAAAGCCACCCUUAAGAAAUUGGAAGUACCAGUAUGUGACGUGGAUUUGGGCCGGCAUCCAGAGCUGAGAGCCACAGUGAAAGAGUUAACAGGACGCAGCACGGUCCCUCAGAUCUUCUUCAACAACAUACACGUGGGAGGCAAUGAUGAUCUGCAGAAAUUGGCUCCUGAGGAGCUUCAGAGGUUGGUAAGUGUGGUUAAGGAAGUGCCUCUUCCAGCAGAUGCUCCACCAUUGCCAGAGGGGGAUCAGUCAGAGGAUGAGGCUGGAGAGACUGAUGGAGAGUUUGUGUGUGAGAAAGAUGAACUGGCCGACCUGGUAGCAGACCUCAAACAUGGCAGUGUGAUUGGCAGUCAAAGGAGGGGGCUGACUUUAUACAAAAAGAGCUUCUCGGGGGCUCAUUUGGUUGAAUGGCUGCAGAAAGAGAAAGGCAUGGCCAUGGCUGAGGCCUGUAACACUGGUCAGGCAUUGUUGGAGAAGAAGUACAUGGUCAGUGUGCAUGGCAGUGGGCAGCAGGAUGGCACUUUUGGAGAAGGGAAAGACUCCAUGGACACACUGUACAGGCUGCUGGAGGAUGACCCUCAUUCAGCCCUCAACGCAGGACAAACUGCAAGUUGCACUCCAUUACAGGCUGGCGAGCUGUCGUUGCUUUUACGGGAGAUGAUUUUGAAGCUGUUCUCUGAGCAUCUCUCUGCCGAUGGCAAGUCUGUGGACUACAAGGGCAUGUCGGCGAACCCUGUGUUCGAGCGCUACUGUGAGCUAGCCAUUCAGCUGCAGAGGGUGGAGCUGCUUUCGUUGAGCAGAGAGGAGAAGCUGGCGUUCUUCAUCAACAUCUACAAUGCCUUGGUCAUCCACGGGGCCCUACGCCUCGGGGUCCCCACCAACAUAUGGCAAAGAUACAGAUUCUUCAACUAUGUGAGCUACCUGAUUGGAGGAGAGGUUUUCACAUUACAGGACAUCGAGAACGGUGUUCUGCGAGGGAACAGAAAAGGUCUCGCGCAGUUUUGCAGGCCCUUCUCCAAAACAGACCCGCGGCUACAAGUGGCUCUCCCUCACGUUGAGCCCCUCAUUCACUUUGCGUUGAACUGCGGCGCCAAGGGCUGCCCGCCGAUUAAAACGUACACGCCACAGGACAUUGACAGCCAGCUCCGCACGGCAGCUGAAGCCUUCCUGGAGAAUGACGAUGGCUGCGUGGUGGAUUCUGGGAAAGGGGAAGUGAGACUCAGCCAGUUGUUCAAGUGGUACAAGGCUGACUUUGGAAGCACCGAUGAGAACCUGCUGAACUGGGUGCUGGAGCACAUGGGCGACUCGCCGAAGAAGACCAGCCUACAGGGCGUCCUGUCUGCAGGGAAAACCAAAGUCACCUUCCUCCCUUAUGACUGGAGCUCCAACAGCACCCACUGAGCUGAAACACGCGCAUACAAACACACUGAGCUACACACACUUCGUCUUCUUGCAUCUGUCCACUUUCUGCUGAGCCGCAUCUACAGUACAUAAAAACCCAGAUGGUCGGCGAUGGCGUGUUUUUUCGCCAAGUACAGCCCCACUGGUCCCCAGCUUCAUGCAAAUUUUUUAAUGCAAAAACUUGAAUCCAAAGAGGAAGGGGGCGUGUUUACACUAUACCACUGAUCACACCUGUCUUGCUAUAUAUGAUACUGUAAACCCCUACAAGCCAUGUUUGGAAGUCGUCUAAAAUAUACAGGUUUUUAGUUUUUGCCUAGUUCAGAAAAACAGGAUGUUUACAGACGUUUUGUACUGCAACAGCACGUUUAUAUAAUUUGAUAAAACAGCACUUCAAGUGUAUUGACUUUGCUUAUAAUGCUUAUAUAUAAAAAUAGUUAAUAAAUCAAUAAAUUAUUUUAAAAACACAUUUCCGUCAACCAAUAUGGUUUUCUGGCUUAGUCUUUAAGCACCACAUCAGCAACUCAGGGUCAAUAGAUGAUCAUGAUCCACACGUCCACAGCUGCUCAUGUACAGUGUCACAUUUGAUCCAAAUGCACCGCCGCUUCAAGCAUUUGAAACUUGCAAACCCACUAAUGCAAGUGUAGUGGGUUUGCAGAUUGUGCACAAAGCUGGUCCGUUAUUCCAGUAGCGCUUUCUGUGGCAAUGAGGAGAACCUGGAGGAUGAUCCAGGCCCGGACUUUAAAUGACAGCUACUGUGUUCUUGUCUAGAAGAGACACAGACAGAUGAAGUGUUCAGGCUUCAGCACGUUUUUUUUGUUUCUUUGUCUCUCGUCAGUUAGUCGUCGUUAGUUUUGAAUCCAGGUCUUCCAUUUUAAAACACAAAAGAGGUAAAACUGUGAUUUUUUUGAUUGUUAUUUAUAAAAAAAGAAAAGAAAAAAAAGUGAUAAGAUUAAGAAUUAUGGAAAUAUUUAAAUGCACUUGAACACUUGUCAUCUUAUUUGUACGAUUUCACUGUUGGAAAGUAUUGAUUUGUGUUUACCAUUUAUUCCAGCAUGUGUGCAAAAAAUCCCAAGUUAUCCAGUCUUAAAAAAUAUUUAGAAUCUCAUCAGAAGACAUAAGUACAAUUAAAUCAGGUUACAGUGCCCUUUCUUCGCUGGCCUCAAAACAUCCAUCCAAAGAUGAAUCCAUCAUUUGCUGCAUCAUGCUUUUUUUACGGUCAGUUGUAAGGAGUGUGCGACUUGGACACGCUACCGUGAAAGGGGUUGUUUUGUUUUUUGGAUUUGAUCUCAGGUUAAAAGACAACGUGAAAGGGAACAACAUCCAAGUCAUCAGUUGUUGUUGUAAGCAUGUGUCACAACUGAAAUGCAUUAGCUGCAUGUUAAAAUGUGAACGCCUCAUGUGUUCUCUACACUUUUUCUUUUUAACACACACACACCAUCAGUGUCAUUGCAACCUUACCUCAUGUUCUAGGAAAAUCUGAUGCAAAACUUUGUCGAGAGAAGCAAUUCUGAUAUAUUUACUGUUUACCUCGUUCUUGGGGAUAUUUCAGCAAUAUGAGUGGUAAAUAAUAUGCAAUGCUAAAUACAAUAAAGUCUAUAUCUACAGUA